ACUCCGUUGUCUACAUUUCCUAAUAAUAAUAAUAAUAAGAAAACAUUUAAAGCUUAACUUCUUUUUGAUUCUUUAGAAAUGCAUAUCAUCCAAAUAUUCUACUGUGUACUGUUCCAGGGAGUAGUUGGUUGGAAGACUCAGGAUUUAGACGGAGUAAUUUUAGAUCAAGAUAAUUCUAGAAGUUCUGUUGUUGGAGAUUACAUGGCAGGAUCCGCUACUGAUGUGGUAGAAUGCCCGGGCACCGGGGUUAUUAGAUCCAGAGCUAGGUGCAGAUCAUCUGAUCAAUGGGUUGAUUGUUACAGGGAUACAUGCUGUCCUGGAUACACUCUAGUAGUUGGCAGGUGUAUCCCUGAUACAGAAGAUCCCUGUGAUCCACAAUUUGGUUUAUGUGAACAACAGUGUUCGUUAUACUUUGGUCGUGUUAUCUGCACUUGUUAUCAGGGAUACUUGUUCAACAAGACUAAGCACUCCCUGGGUAUAUUCCCUGUGUGUGAGGAUAUAAACGAAUGCACUGUAUUAAACGGAGGUUGUGAAGAAGAAUGUAUAAACACUAUGGGAGGAAAGGAAUGUGUUUGCUCAGAUGGAUUUCAACUUGGUGAUGAUCUAACCUCAUGUGUUCAAAAAGAUUCCACAGCUGGAAGUAUUGGGGAAACAAGUCAUGCUUUCCGACCACGGCCAGCUGUAAACAGAUUGCAGCAGACAGUUGACGGACUAGAGGAGAAAUUUAGAGCUUUAAACACAGCGAUUAAACUUUAUAGUUUUGCAGGAGGUUCGCCAGGACCUGCUGGACCAGAGGGACCUCCUGGUCCUUCAGGACCUAGAGGGUUCCCAGGAGCACCAGGAACUGGUGGUAUAGAUACUGAAGUAGACAGUGAGAUGGACAGUUAUCAACUAGUAGGAAUGGGAGACAAGGAGAAUUUUUGUAAGUGUACCCGAGGUCCUGUCGGGGCCCCCGGAGCCCCUGGAGAGAAGGGUCCUCAGGGGCCCAGGGGGGAGUCAGGGAUACCAGGACAGAAGGGGGAGGAGGCAUCAUUUGAUUUCUUGAUGCUGAUUAUUGCUGACCUGAGGAGGGAUAUUGUUGAACUCCAAGAAAGGGUGAAUGGAGGUCAGGCGGCUAUAACCGGAGGUCGGCAAGCGAUCAACAGAAAAACUGCAUCACAAAACAAUUGAAAAUUUUUUUUUAAUUAAAAAAAUUAAUAUUUUAAAAUUUUUUUAAAAGAUUUCAGACAAAGUCACAAAAAUCAGACCUUUAACUUGAAUGGUUAGGGUGCAAGGGAGGGUUUUUAAACAAGUUCAAAAAGUAUGUAGAAAAAAUUUCAAAAGUAGUUAUUUUUAA